AUGCAGCUGCAGAGUUUUCAGGCACAUCUAGCAUCUGAUAUGGAGCCUUUACUAGCUGAGACUCGCGUGUAUUUGCUUCACAAAGAACCUGAUCGUGCACGCGCAAGUUUUUUGCGUCUACCAGAGCUGGAAUCGCGUCGUAAAUCGUAUCUAGAGGCGACAUUACGAGACUUUUACGCUGCAGGGCUGUUUGAUGUUCCUGUGCUGCUUACGUUCUUGGAAGCGCUGCCCAGUUGGCAUUGGACACUGGAUGGAUGUGCUGUACUGCAUAACCGCAAGUUCCCGUUGCUGCCAUUGGCCUUUUUUCUGCUAAAACUUAUGAGUCACUUAGAGGGAAGUGCACGAGUGCGAGCAGAGAGCUAUUGGUACGCAUGGGUGAGUCCAACGCUGCGUGCUGUAGCCAGCGGACAGCCACUAGAACUUAAGAUCCUGUCGAGAACAGGACGUAGCGAGUACAGACAGGGAGAUACAAGCAAAGAGGAGUUACUAUAUGCUCCUGGUGAUGCUGGAACAUUUGACAAUGAUCGACGUAAUGUUUUGUGCUGGGUGGGAGAAGGUACCGGAAGUGAAGUGGCGGCUUGGCCGGAAGAGAAAGAUCGUACAAAAGCGCAGUGGAGAUUGAUCCCGUCGGAUGUGAAUUCCGAUGCAUUCUUGGUGCAGAGCGUUCGUUUUGAGGAGUAUAUGUACUCUGCAGACUACGCAAAGUUUAAGAAGGAUAUGCAAGGGAAGACGCGAAGUCGAGUUUUUACGUGGAGGAAAAAAACUGAGCCUCCUGGGCCGGCAGGAAAAUGGCAGCUCUUGACGUUGAGUGUCGAAGAAAGAGAUGUAUUUGCAUUGUACAAUCCCUACCAGCGCGAAUUUUUGUAUGCACCGACAGCAGAUAUCAUGGACAAUAAAAGACGCCAUGUGCUGACACGAGUAGCGCCAGAUGGAAUACGUGAAACAUGCAAUACUGAAGGUGAAGCAAUGUGGUGUGCUUGGCGUAUUACCCCUGCGCAGCAAUCACCGAUGGAGAAAGGAAUAGAAGCGUUUUUUGCCAAGCAGUACCCCGUAGCAGUUGAGCAGCUCACUCUAGCAGUGAACAACUUGCCAGACAACACAGAGCAUGUCAAGUGUUUUGCAUACCGAAUGACAGCAAAUUUGCGCCUUCGAAGAUUCGACCUGGUGGCACCCGAUUUCCAGGCUAUUCAAGCACUUGGUGGUGAUAAAGCUGCAAUUUUUCACGGUCUUGCACACUUGUGGGAAGAAAAUGCAAGCUAUCUUGCAGCCAUGGCAAAUUCGUCGCCAGACCUGCAAAUUCAAGCAAUUGAGAUUUCGACGUCUGCCGAAAACCCAUUCUUCAUGCGUCACCAACUCUCAAAGGGCGAUGACUUUUUCGUCCGCCGAGAUUUUCAGGCAGCAAUUAUGUGCUACCAAGAAGCUGCAACGUGCACCCCAAGCAUUGCUGCGUCGUCAUCUGAAGAAAACUGUGUGGAAGAUGCCGAGACAACGCGCCAGCGCGUUCGUGCUUACGUAUCAUGCGCAAAAUGCUUCUUUGCGUUAGAUGAAACCGAGAAUGCGUGGCAAUACUUGAGUAUAGCCCAUGAUAUUGCUGGUGUAUCCGUCGAGGGUGAGGCUGCUAUUUUGCUGUGGAAAGGCAAGUGUCGUCGAGCUCAUAAAGCAUAUGACGAAGCUUUGCAAUUAUUAGAGAGAGCUUUUGAUCGUGCAAGUGCGGCAUCGGCAGCUUUUGCGUAUUUAUCCUUGUCAGCAACUGGUGCACCAAUGACUACGAGUGUAUUAAAAUGGUCCAUUCUUAUGGAAAUGAAAGUUGUGGGAUUGUUGCGUCAAGGAGUCUACGAUACCUUGCUCUCUCCUAACGAGAAUGACCACGUCAGUGACUUGAAUGAUGAUCACAGUAGCGGUGAAAAGGAAGGCUUGGUGUCCAGUAAAGAUGCGGAGAAGACACUGACGCAAAUGAUGGAGACUUUUCACUGCCCAUUGAGUUUGGAAUUGAUGAACGAUCCAGUUACAACACCGGAUGGUAACACAUAUGAACGAUCAAUGAUUGAACAGCACCUUGAAGUGAAUGGAUGUUUUGAUCCCUUGACACGUGCACCACUGACGAAGUCACAGCUCCAUACGAAUCGUGCGCUAAAGCAGCUUAUGGAGACGUUGCUGAGUGACCAUCGCCUCGGACUUCUUCUUGCAUCGUGUGCCACCUAA